AACGCGGUGUUCAAAGCAGGACAUGGAGGAACGAGGGUCUCCUGACGGAGACCUCGCGCAGAGCCUGGAGCAGGGACCAGAGGGGCCGGAAACACCCAUCCAAGUGGUGCUCAGGGUACGUCCCAUGAGCGCAGCUGAGUUGCGUCGAGGGGAGCAGAGUGCGCUGCACUGCUCAGGAACCCGGAUUUUGCAGGUGAGCCCCCCUGGCGGGGGCCCGGACGUGGCGUUCCGAUUCGGCGCGGUGCUGGACGGGGCGCGCACGCAAGAGGACGUGUUCCGGGCGUGCGGCGUGAAACGCCUAGGCGAGCUGGCGCUGCGCGGCUUCUCCUGCACCGUCUUCACUUUUGGCCAGACGGGCUCCGGGAAGACCUACACCUUGACCGGACCUCCUCCCCAGGGGGAGGGGGUGCCCGUGCCCCCCAGCCUGGCUGGCAUCAUGCAGAGGACUUUUGCCUGGCUGUUAGACCGAGUGCAGCACCUGGGUACCCCUGUCACCCUCCGCGCUUCUUACGUGGAGAUCUACAAUGAGCAGGUUCGGGACUUACUGAGCCUGGGGUCUCCACGGCCUCUCCCUGUUCGCUGGAGCAAGGCUCGUGGCUUCUACGUGGAACAGCUUCGGGUGGUAGAGUUUAGCAGUCUGGAGGCCCUCAUGGAACUCCUGCAGAUGGGUCUCAAUCGUCGUCGGAGCUCCUCACACACCCUGAACCAAGCCUCUAGCAGAAGCCAUGCCCUGCUCACACUCUACAUUAGCCAGCCAGCUCCCCAGCAGGUAUCUCCUGUGGACCUUGGGGAGCCCCCUGUUGGGGGGAAGCUGUGCUUUGUAGACCUGGCAGGCAGCGAGAAGGUGGCAGUCACAGGAUCCCGAGGGCAGCUGAUGCUUGAGGCCAAUAGCAUCAAUCGCAGCCUCCUGGCACUGGGCCACUGCAUCUCCCUGCUGCUAGACCCACAGCGGAAGCAGAACCAUAUCCCCUUCCGGGAUAGCAAGCUCACCAAGUUGCUGGCAGACUCACUAGGGGGCCGUGGGUUCACCCUCAUGGUGGCCUGCGUGUCCCCCUCAGCCCAGUGCCUUCCUGAGACCCUCAGCACUCUGCGAUAUGCAAGUCGAGCUCAGCGGGUCACCACACGGCCACAGGGUCCCAAGUUAAGGACAAGGUGCAACCUGUGCCAACUUGCAAGGCAGUCCCCUGGAGCGAAGCCACCCCAGCAUGUGGAAGCUGAGCUGCUGCAGCUAAGAGAAGAGAACCGUCACCUGCGCUUCCAGCUGGACCAGAUGCGCACCAAGGCCCCUGGGCUCCAUGGGGCCCGGGUGGCCUGGGCCCAGCGAAACCUCUAUGGGAUGCUGCAGGAGUUUAUGCUGGAAAAUGAGAAGCUCAGAAAGGAAGUGAGACAGUUGCGAAGUAGUCGGGACCUGGCCCAGGCCGAGCAGCACGUCCUGACCCAGCAGGUCCAUGAACUAGAGAGGCGCCUCCUCUCUGCCUGCUCUCUUCCCCAGCCGGGCUCUGCCCCCGUGUGCCACUGCUCAAUGAUGCCAGCUUCCCCCUGCCAUGCACUGCCUCCCCUAUGCUCCUGCUUCCACCUCUGUACUCUGUGCCACAUACCACUGACCCACUGGGCCUGCCCACAGCGGGAGUGCCAUGUGCCACAGCAUGUACCAGAGAAUGAGGCCCCAAGUAACAUGUCUCUGUCUGAGAGGCCCCCACCCUGGGCACCCUCACACACCUCUGGCUCUGCCAAGCCUCCGGGAGAGAGGAGCUGUAGUGACUGGACCCAGACCCGAGUCCUGGCAGAAUUACUGACAGGGGAGGAGGCAAUACCCUCUGCACCACCCCUGCCUGUGGGGUCCUCGAACACAUUGCCUGUGCUGAGAGGGGGAGCUGGACAUCCGAACUUGGCCCAGAGGCUGGAGGCCCUCACACAUCAGAUCGGCAGGUCCCUACGCCGUGGCCAGAGCCAACCACCUCGCAGUGAGGGCACACAGAGUCCCAGCCAAAGCCUUUCUCCCCAUUGAAAACUGCACCAGACUGGCUCUGCCUCCUGGGCCUUGAUCUCCCUGCCUGUGAAUGGGGACAGUGAUGCUCCUUGACAGAGAGCUGUGGGGGCAGUGCUCCAUAAGUGGGUAGGAGGGCGGGCGCUGCCUCAGAUCCUGAACAUAAGACUGGAUUCAGGAGACAGUGACAGUGGGUGACAAAAUCUGAACAAAAAGAGGCAUCAGCUCCCAUCUGGUUGGCCUGGUAUUCUAGGUGGUCAUUACUUCCAUGUGGGUCAGCUCCUGAAUGGGAGUCUUGGGGUACUGUGGGGAGGAGCAAGGACUCCUGGCACAGGUGUGCAUCCCUCCUGAACAGGAGCAUCCUGGCCUCCCAUCUCUCCUAUAUUAGACAAGCUUAUUAUUAUUAUUAUUAUUAUUAUUUAUUUAAUAACCACAUGAUUAAAAGAAGCAUUUCAUUACAGCUUUAACAUAUUCAAUAACA